AUGCUCCGGGUCGCCGAGGAGGACACAGCUGGUCCAGGCGCGCAGGUCACCGCCUCGGCCGCGCCGCGGGAAGUGCGCCAGCGCCUAGCGGUGAGGGCGCCCAGAGCCUUUCGAGCGCCGCCUGCGCUGGACGCCGCCAUGCGCGCGUCGGAGGACAACGCGGACGAUGAGUUCGUGUUCGUGGCCAACAAGGUGGUGACGGGGCCGGAGUGCCCCUCGGGGGACGCGCCCGCCGCCGGCGCCCGCGGCCCUCGCACCCUGCCGCGCCUCAACCACCUGCAGCCCAUCCCCACCACGCUGGACCUGCAGCCCACGCCCAAGCCCUGGCGCGCCGUGCACCCGCCCACCACCACCACCGCCCGCGCCAAGGCCACGCCCCUCCCGCCCGAGCUGAUCGAGCUGCUGCCGCCGCACCUGCGGGAGAACACGGUGCCGGACUUCGGCGGCUCCAGCCCGCCGCCCGCCGACGAGGCCGCGCCGCAGCGCCCCGCCCUGCCCGCCAAGUACUGCUCGGGCGACUACUACAACCUGGACGACGCCCCCGCGCGCCGCCCGCCGCAGCUCGCCAAUUACGGCCAGCUGCGUCGCCGCACCCACCCACGCCCACGGCGGCAGGGCGGCCUCGCUCACCAGCACUCGGCCGCAGGCCCACGCGGGCGGCGCCCAGACCGCGUCGCACACCGCCCCCGCCGCCCUCGCGCUCACCGACUCCGGCAUCAGCAGCGGAGGCAGCAGCAACAGCAGCAGCUGCAGCAGCGUCAGCAGUCGGAGCAGCAGCAGCAAGAGCCUCCCGAGGGAGGGCUCGCGCACGUCGCUCUCGGGGCGCCCGCUGCACCCGCCCUCGCCCAAGUUCGCCCGCGCGGCGCCCUCCCCGGCCCGCCCGCGCCCGCCGCCGCGCCCGCCGAGCCGCUCCUGACGCGGGUCUCGUACACGGCGGUGCUCACGAGCGACGGCGAGCGCGCCUCCAUGGUGCGCCGCCUGGAAGCUCUCACGCCCUCGCCCUCGCCGCUGCUCAACACGUUCCGGGCCGCCCACGCCCACCCUGAGCACCUCCCGCCCGAGGCGCGCCCGCACACGCGCCACGUGGCCACCGCCCACUCCACGCUCAACUCGAUGGGGCAGACCAAGUCCACGUCCUCCACGUCGGUGACGACCCACGCGCCCACGCCCUCCGCCACCCCUACCCACACGCCCUCACACACGCCCACCCACACGCCCACGCAGCGCCGCAAGGUGAGGGGCGGCGGGGAGAACCCGCAGAGCGUGGGCGGCCAGGGGCGGGCCAGCCCCUCCGCGCCCUCCUCGGCCGCCAUGAUCGCCCGGCAGGUCGCCUCGCCCAGACCCUACACGCCGACCGCCGCGACGCCCACGCCCCCCUCCCCCCGCCCGCAGUGCCGCCAGGUCAGCGGGCGGCCCCCCGAGAUGGGCCCCGCCUCUCCGCCCUCGAGCCCGGAGCUGCGUCGGGCGUGGAACGUGGUGGGCGUGCCGGUGGUGUCCCCGUCGGGCUCCUGCACGCCGUCGGGGCGCAGCCCGGCCCCGAGCCCCGUGCCGCGCCCGCUGCCCGCCGCCGCCGAGCCCGACUCCAUCUACGACAACCUGGUGGUGCGGCAGCCGCCGCUGAGCACGCCCACCUCGCGCUCCCCGCCCACGGCGAGCAUCCCGCCCACCGCACAGCGGACGGGGGCGGCCGCGGCGCACCGCCAGGGGCCGCCCGCGACGCCGCCGCCGCGCAAGGUCACGCAGUCGCCGAUCGUCGGGAAGCCGCCCUCGCCGCCCAUGCAGCGCCGGGGGGCGUCCCGGUCUCCCACGCCGCCGCCCGCGUGGGCGCAGCAGGGCAUUCCCCCGAGGGCGCAGUACGUGCCCUACUACCCGCCCCCGGACGCCCACUGCGGCGGGUGCUGGGUGCCGGUCUGGGGGUCGUCCCCGCAGCUGUACCAGCCCCCGGGCUCGACGCCCGUGUACCCCGCCUACGUGUACCACGCGCCGCCCGCGGGCGUCAUUUGCGAGGCUCGAAGCCGCAGUUGCGAGCGCCUCCCCGCCCGCCCGUCUCCGCCGUCGUCCCCGCGCAGUGGGCGGCGGUCGGCGUCCCCGUGGCGUGGGGGCUCGCCCUCGCCGGCCGGCGCCCGCCACUCUCCGUCUCCCGACCCUGUCAGUGGGCGGCCGCCGAGGCCAAGGCGCCCGCCCAUGAGGAAGUCCAAGACCGUGGAGGUGGGCUGCCUGGGCGUGGGCCUCCAGCAGUCGUCGUCCGCCCCCGUGGGAGGGGCGAGCGAGCCCACGCCCCUGCCGGCGCACUCGAUCACAUACCUGCAAGGGCCGCCCGCGCCCGGCGUGCCCUCGAACCACGUGUACAUCCACGCCCUCAACCACCAGGGUGCCCCUCCGUACCGCAGCUGCAGCCAGGGGCGGCAGCAGCACAUCCCCAGCUUCGACACCAUCCACGAGCAGCUGGGCAAGGUGGCGAACGGGUUCCAUGAGCCCAGAGCGAGUGACGCGAGCGCCCCUGCGGCCGGGGGCUCCGGCCCGGGCGCCCCGCGCGCGCCCUCCCCCGCGGGCUCGUCCUGUAAUUCCUCGAGCGUGUCCGUAGGCUCGCCGGGAGUGGCCAGGCUGGAACAGUCACAGAUCUCAAAGCCAAAGGUAACGUACAAGUCCUCACUCUACAAGUGCAUGAAAAAUCUCUUGAAGCCGAUACAGUAGUCGCCCCUGUAUCUUGCAUGAAUCAACGUUUUCUGUAAGACGUGCCAGCACAUUAGAAAACGCGCAGUUAGGGGAAACAAAGAUAAAAGGAAAUUGAACGACAAACCCGGAUGAAGUAUGAUACAAAUUACUCUCACGGACUUACUUCCGAUCUGUGCGAACGAUCAUUGGCGUAUGACAGUAUUUUCAAACUAGCAUCGAAUUAUAAUCAAUGUGGGAGUCGGUCCUCCCAAAAUCACGUGACCUAAACAAUCCGAUUAUGCUGAAGACCUAUAAUGUGUCCAGAAGCAGAAAAAAAAACGUUUGUGACACAAGAAGAAAAGAAAGAAUAGAUACGAAGAAGAAAAAAAAGAAGGUAAGGCAUUGGUUUGUUAAUUUGCGUGUUCCGAAAGUAAAUAACAAUAGCAUGCCUUCGUUCACAAAGGAAGGUAGAUGUUUUCAAAUGGAUUUCAUGACCCUGUUUCUCCCGCUCUUUGCUUUUCACCCCCUUAAUCACGCCCCUCCUGCUUU